GCACAUUUCCGUGCAGGCUGCGGCGAGGCGAAGUGUGGUGAGGUGAGAGAGUACUCCUAGAUGCCUUUCGGUCGACUUCUGAGCAGUCUUGUAAGAGCUGGUUUGACAUUGCCAAAGGUUCAGUUUGGUCCAAGGACAGUUUCUGCCAAACUUUCGGGACUUUUGCAUUCCACCACAUCACACAACUUCUGCAGCAUGGCUGAUGAAGACGGCGGAUACGUGGUGCGCAUGAGGGGCCUCCCAUGGUCUGCCACUUGUGAAGAAGUGAAGUCUUUCCUUACAUCUGAAGGUUGUAAAGUAAAAGGUGGGGAUGGAGGGAUCCAUUUCACAUUCUCUAAAGAGGGAAGACCAAGUGGUGAGGCAUUUGUAGAGGUUGAAACUGCAGAAGACUUUGAGAAGGCCCUGGCCAAGCACAACCAGCAUAUGGGUCACAGAUACAUUGAAGUGUUCCGUUCCAAGGUGUCUGAGAUGGAGUGGGUAGUGAAGCACAGUGGGCAGGACCAAGUCAACGACGGCAUUGUCCGGUUGCGGGGUCUGCCAUUUGGCUGCUCAAAGGAAGAAAUCGCUCAGUUCUUUUCAGGGUUGGAGAUAGUGCCCAAUGGGAUAACACUACCCACAGACUACCAGGGGCGCAGCACGGGGGAGGCUUUUGUGCAGUUUACAUCACAGGAUAUAGCUGAAAAGGCUCUGGGGAAACACAAGGAAAAAAUAGGGCACAGGUACAUUGAGAUCUUCAAGAGUAGCCGGAACGAGGUUCGCGAAUGCAUGAGCCCCAAGCCGCGCCCUCUGAUGUCCAGCCGCCCCGGGCCGUACGACAGACCACCCCCACGUGGGUACGGUGGAGGCGGCCGUCCUGGCAUGUACGAUCGGCGCAUGCGGGGAGGAGGGACUGGCUACAGUGGCAAUUUCUACCAGGACGACUAUGAUGGCUAUGAGGACAGAUACGACAACUAUGGUGGUGGCCGAGGGCGUGGUGGCAGAAUGGGGAGAGGCGGGCGUGGUGGUGGAUUUGGAGGUGGCCGUAUGUACGGGGGUGGAUCAGGACACUUUGUUCACAUGAGAGGACUGCCAUUCAAGGCUGCUGUGGAGGAUAUUGAACAGUUCUUCCAGCCACUGGUACCCAUGAAGAUCCAGAUCCACUAUGGCCCAGACAAGCGUGCGACUGGUGAGGCUGAUGUGGAGUUUGCCUCCCAUGAUGAUGCUGUAGCUGCCAUGGCCAAGGAUAAGGCUAACAUGCAACACCGGUACAUCGAGCUGUUCCUGGACUCGGAGGCUUCCUCUGGAGGAGGAGGCGGCGGUGGUGGCGGCAGUGGUGGAAUGGGGGGCGGAAACUUUGGAGGUGGUCGCAGCAACAUGGGCGGAGGCAUGGGGGGGCACAGUGGGGAUGGAUCCACAGGAGGUUUCGGCCAAGGCAAUAGUGGUGGAUAUGGCGGUGGAGCUGGCUACAGUCAGGGAGGCAUGGGGGGCUUCGGAGGGUUUGGUGGACAGGGAAACAUGUCACAGGGUAUGAACCAAGAUGCCUCUAAGAACUUCACCCAAGGAACCAAUGCCAAUGGCAGCUUUGGGGCCUAUGGUGCACAGGACUUGACCAUGAACCAAGCAGUAACAGGACAAGGUAACAUGGGAGGAGGCUUCUACGGCUCUGGGACUGGGGGCAACAUGGGAGGCAACUACAACCAGCAGGGCAUGGGUGGCGGCAUGGGAGGGAUGGGUGGAGGCAUGGGUGGGGGCAUGGGCAACAUGGGCAUGGGGAACAUGGGCAGUCAGCAGGGCAUGGGGUCUGGGAACAUGAUGGGGCAGGGGGGAGGCUGGGGCAUGUAAGGAAGUCUUACUGAUAAUCGAGCAAACCCCGAUGAAAGUUGUACAUGUUAUCACUUUGACUUGCCUGUCAACAUGAUUCAGUGUAUCAUGGUUGUCAUUGGUCCUUUCCAAAUAGAAGGGCACAUUUUUUGUUGGGAUGUAUGGGAAUUUAAGAAUCUUCAAUGGGGCUUGCUGUUCGAACUUAUAUUUCUUACAAUUGUGAGGACAUGAACAUUGCUACUCUAGAAAGUUGAAUAUGUAUACAAACUGACAAUACAUAAUAUAGCUGACAGUGCAGGAGUUGACUAAUCAGUGUAUUGUUGUGAAUUAGUGUUUUUUUUACCAAUAAAUGCCAUUCCCACUGA